UAUUUUAAUUAUUUUUUCCAGCAUUGGGUAACAUCGAACAUAGGUUCAAUUUUAUUCAAAAAUCAGCCUUUAACGUAUAUUCCUCAGAAUAGAACAUUUACUGUCUUAAUGUGGAAUUUUUGGUUUAAGCAAAUCACGAGUGACCCCCUUGACGUCUGCAGUGUGAAAAACUGUAUAUUCAUUUUCGAUAAAAUGGAAUUACAUAAAUCGGAUGCAGUAGUCGUUGAUGCAAAAUUGAGUUCAUACCCUUGGGUUCAUAAAAGGAAAAGAACCCAGAGAUGGAUAUUUGUGUCUGAUGAAUCCCCUGUUGCUACGUCUCUCAAUCCAACCAAUUUAUCCAAAAUAGCUAACAUUUAUAAUUGGUCUAUGACAUACAGAAGCGAUUCAGAUGUGCCCAUACCUUACGGUCGCACCGUAGCUCUACCCGAGGUUCUGAUGCAUAAGAUAUCCUCUGAAUCUAUCACUAAGUAUAUCCCGUACUGGGAGAACAAGCAAAAAGACGUCUUAGUGGCUGCGUUGAUAACCCGCUGUACCAAUGAAGAGGGAAUAAAUUAUGUGAAGGAAUUGCGUAAAUAUAUAAAAGUUGAUCUUUUGAAUGAGUGUGCAGAUUCCGAAGUAACCAAAAGUUACAGAUGCCUUGAUCAUCCAGUAGCCGAUUGCCCGAAAAUAGCCAAUUAUCAUUUCUACUUGGCAAUUGAAAGUGCAAGAUGCCGCCAAUAUCUUACCGAGAAAGUGUUUUAUAGCGCGUUUGCCAAAGGCGCCAUACCCAUCGUGAUGGGACCUUCAAUAUCGGACUGCACCAAGUUGCUCCCACCUGAUUCAUUUUUGCAUGUAAACAGCUUCGAUUUCCCAAGGGAUCUCGCAGUGGAAAUAAUGAAUCUCAGCAAGGAUGACGAGUACUUGCAGAUGUUCCAUAAAUGGAGGCGUUUCUUCAAAGUAGUGAACGAACAUGGAUUCUUUGGGACUAAUUCAAUGCAGCUCUGCCGAUUAUGCGAAGCGUUGAACUAUAACGACAAUGAAACCAAAAUCUAUGAUAAGAAUUCCCUGGAAGUAUAUUUGGAUCCUUUUUUACUUUGUACUUCUAAUACUAGCAAUUACUAAAGGUUCAUAAUUAAAGGAUGUGUUAACUACCAUCAAAAGACAACAAAAACCUUCGAUCUAAUAAGUAAUGUAUUUAUGUCUUCACCCACAAUCUAGUAAAAGUCGCGGGAAGCACCUAGAUGCGGGCAGUUGCAGGACCAGUACUUAGUUAUGGAAAUCCUUGCCCUUCCAGAAGUGAACGGCUUUGGCUGAAACGAUGAAAUCUAUACUUGAAGACAUGCGGUCAAAAAUA